UCUUCUUCCCAGUUAAAUGAUAGUUUUGGAAACAAGGAAGGACUGGAGCUUUUGCAAUAUGAAAGAGCAACACUUGCCAAAACCCUUCCGGCAAGUGUACUCUUUGUUGUUGCCAGUGGAUUGGGACUGGAACGUCUCUUUUUGGAACAUCUGAUUCUCUUCUCUGAUCGUCGCCUGUUGGCACUUGUGUUGAAUACAAACGAACACGAUGAGAGCUACUUUGUUUCCAAACUCAAAGAACAUUCCGUUGAUUGUGACCCAAAAGUUAUCAACUCGGAAGUUUCUAUUAAGGAUCGUCAAUCGAUUUACCUUGAGGGAGGCGUUCAGUUUUGUUCGAGUCGUGUUCUUCUAGUCGAUCUUCUCCAAAAUCGAAUACCAGUAGAUCGUAUUGCGGCUAUUUUUGUAUAUAGAGCUCACCAAACGCUAAACGCUUUCCAAGACUCAUUCAUUCUCCGAUUAUAUCGUGAAAAAAAGCCAGAUGGUAUGGUAAAAGCAUUCACGGAUGUUCCCAAUGUACUCUCCUCGCUUGGACAAUUGCAACGACUUGUUGAUCGUCUCUACAUUCGCCAUGUUGAAUUGAUGCCUCGAUUUUCUAGCAUCAUUGAAACGGAACUCAAUAGAUAUCAACUCAAAACUGCAAUCUUCUCGGUAGAUGUACCUACAGCACUGAGACGUGUCCAUCGAACCCUCAUCGAAUUCAUUAAAGUAUGUGUUCGAGACUUGAGAACGUCUUCUCUAUCUGGGAAACAAACCGAUGAACCCGUUGAAGAAAUGAUUCAUGUUCCUUGGGCAACUACACAACUUGAGAAGAGACUUCGUGAUAGACGUGGAAAUAUAUCAGAAAAACAACAACGUCUUCUGAAUGAUGUUGCCUCUCUUCGAGAAAUUCUACAACUUUCUGAGAACAUGGAUGUGGCUACCGUUUUAUCACGAUUACAAGUUUUGAAAAAUGAUAGAACAGUCCUUGAAGAACACAGUGGAUGGCUCUUGUCUCCCUCGUUCAAUCGAAUCAUGGAAGAUUUGCUCACUAUUGCUGGGGUUACAAACGGAAAAGGUGACUCUAAAAAGUUCGCAGUGCCAGCUAAAUGGACAGUUCUUGCGGAAGUACUUCGGGAGAUUAAAAACAUUCCUCUGGAGAAAAAAGAGUAUAAAGACAAUUCCCCAUCUGUACUUAUCAUCACCAAUUCGGAAGAUCUCUCUCGUCAAGUCACAGACGUUGUUCGCUACGGAAUCAAUAAGAUGAAGUGGAUGACGUGGAGACAGUUAGGAUAUCUAACAAAACAAGAAAUGCCAGAAGAUGAGCCACUUUGGGACCCAGAAACGAUUUCACAGCUGAUGAGAAGCACUUUAGAUGUGGAGUCAAAAAGUGAUGUCAUUGCUAAUGUGCAAAAGUCUCAGAAAACCACUGCCAGGGCGGCUCAAAAAAGAAGAAAGCACGCUGAAGAAUUGAGUGGGUUUUCCAGUGAUUCUCGUGUUCAAACCAAUCUGAUACAAUUCGGAAUUCUUCAAUACAAGCGCAGAAAGUCUGGAAAUGAGGUGGCAACGACGUCCGAGGCACACUGUGUAGGAUGGGAAGUAAAAGAAGAGGAAGAGGAGGUUGAUGAGUAUCCGAAGAGCAUUGGAGAGUUGAAACCCGAACUGAUUGUAUGCACUGCUCGCGAAAGAGAACGAUAUGUUUUGUUGAAGCUGUUGGAACAAAAGAAACCAAGUGCAAUGGUUCUGUACACAAUGUCUCUGCAAACGUUGAGGCAAAUAGAGAUAUAUCGCUCCACAAAUCCCAAUAAACAACUCCAUGUGUACUGGCUACAGUAUACAGAAUCAACUGAAGAAAGCAGAUACUUGGAAUCUAUCAAUCGAGAGACUCUCUCAUUCGAAAUGUUGAUUAGAGAACAAGGAACUCUCAUGAUUUCUCGAGAAUUCAACGUUGAUAGGGAAGAAGCUCCUCGCCUUAAAACUUCGACAAGAGAUGGUGGAGGAAUCCAACGACGAGAUGUCGAUCCGAGAGAUCAAUUGGACCCCGAUACAGAUGUGGAAAGACCGAAGAUCAUUGUGGAUAUGCGAGAGUUCAACAGCGAGUUGCCAACAGUUCUGUACACAAAAGGAUAUGAUGUGGUGGCUACAACUAUUGAGAUUGGUGAUUACAUUCUUUCCCCGAACAUAGCAAUUGAAAGGAAGGCAUUGGACGACCUGACGCAAUCUUUGCAAUCUGGAAGAGUGUUCAAACAAAUUGAACAGAUGUUGGAACAUUAUGACUGUACAAUUCUGUUGAUCGAGUCGAAUCGAAAGUUUGAGACCAAAAUCGUGAAUGGAGGACCGUUUCAAGGAGAGCUCAGUCGUCACUGCCGAGAAAUCCGCUCAUUGUUCUGUUCUCUGAUUCGUUCUAAUCCUAAAAUGAGAUGUGUUUGGACGACGUCACCAACCAAUUCUGCUGAAUUUUUCUCAGAGCUAAAAUUGGGAGCUCCAGAGCCGGACGUAGACCGAGCGAUUUCAUUGAAAGCUGAUCAAGUUGAGGCAUCUAGUCAGGAAUCAGAAGAUCCCGAGGCGGGAAUCAAAUCAAAGAAGGGAAAAAAGUGGAAACCAAAUCCAACUGUCGUUCGAACUUUGACCCAAAAUUUCGGAAUGAAGGCUACGGAUGCAUACAAUCUUCUAGCGAAUGCUCCAAUCAAAACUCUGGCUGAUCUCUUCUCUUCUGGAAUCACGUCUUCUCUACUCUCAGAAUACAUUCCUUCUGCGUCUGCUGAUUUCAUCAAAGAAGUGUCAACAUUUAACUUUGGCAGAAAAUAA